GGGUGGGGUCUGGUGGAGUUGUACGACUUGGAAAGUAUGAGCUCACACUUGUAGUGGUUUUUGAUUUGAGCUGUGCUUUUGCCUCACAAACCCCGAAGAAGCUCGGCUAAACAACUAGAAAAUGGCAUCGAAAGGGAAGACUACAAGGGGAACUAUUAAGGACUAUCCAAAUUUUGAUGCAAAUCAUGAUGCUGAGGUGCUGAGAAAAGCAAUGAAAGGACUGGGUACUGAUGAAAGCGCCAUUCUUCAUAUCCUGACAACUAGAAGCAGUGCCCAGCGUAUGAAAAUCAACCUUCAGUACAAGACUCUGUUUGGCAGGGAUCUUGUUGAGGAUCUAAAAUCUGAAUUGGGUGGCAAGUUUGAAAAGCUGAUUGUUGGGCUGAUGAAGACCCCUCUACAAUAUGAUGUUUCCCAAUUGCACAAUGCACUGAAGGGUGCAGGAACUGAUGAAAAGUGUUUGAUCGAAAUUCUUGCCUCAAGAACCAACCAGGAACUUAGAGCAAUCAUCAAAGCCUAUAAGGAAGAAUAUGGCAAAGAUUUGGAAGAAAAUAUUGUUAGUGACACUUCUGGUCAUUUCCAAAGGAUUUUGGUGAUUCUUCUCCAGGCCAACAGAGAUGAGAGUACGGUAUACGAUGAUGCAUCAGUUAAAAAAGAUGCACAGGAACUGUUUCAAGCUGGAGAAUUGAAAUGCGGCACUGAUGAGUCAACAUUCCUCACGAUCAUCGGGACCAAGAGUUUUGCUCACCUUCGGCAAGUUUUUUCUGAGUACAUGAAAAUCUCAGGCUAUCAGAUUGAAGAAAGCAUUUCUUCUGAGACGUCUGGAAAUCUGAGGACUGCAUUACUAGCAGUUGUGAAGUGUAUAAGAAGCGUUCCUGAGUAUUUUGCUACGACUUUACACAAUGCUAUGCAGGGAGCUGGUACCGAUGAUGAUACACUUAUCAGGGUAAUGAUUUCAAGGAGUGAAGUCGAUUUGCUAGACAUACGGGAGAAGUUCUACACCAAUUAUGGAAAAACUCUCUCCAGUAUGAUCAAGAACGAUACAUCGGGCGAUUACAGGAAUGCCCUUCUCAGUAUGUGUGGCGGUGAAGAUCAAUAAUGCCACUUAUGAUUUAAUCAAUUCCACAUAUAGAUUUGAGGCUUUGGCCUGUAUGAUUAAUUAAGCAGAUAUUAUUGUAAUGCAAUUUUUUUAGGAACUAAAGCUUGUAAAGCAUGCAUAAGAAAUUAUUUUUAGCACUUUUGAGGGAGGUCUCUGAUAGUUCCUCUUUCUUCAUUUGUGAUUUAUAUAAUUAAUAUUGACUACCAUGACACAAACCAUUGUCUUACAUGGCAGAAGACUGUCACCGAGAUGAAUAAUUCCUCUCUGAUCUCAAAGGUGUUCAUUCUAUUGCAUUUAUUCACUUUGCAAUCUAAGCUUGCUAUUCACCAUAAUCAAGUAGUUAAUGCAGCUGCCAGUUUAACAAUUUAUUACUGUCAUAGCAGUAUGUCAAUGAAAUAUAAUGAGUAAUUUGAAACUAAAUGUAAAUGUAUAAGGUUGAAGUUGGAGCUUUUUGAGAUUAACUAACUACCAGAUAUUGUCUUUGCUUUGCUCCUGAGGGAACCAAGUAAAUGAAGGAGGCCAAUCAGUAUUAAACAUACUCAUUUCUGUCAUAGCAAUAGA